UUGAUUUUUGUAAACAACAGGGAGAUAGAAACAGAAUAUAUAUACUUAAUUUGUAAACUGUUAUAAACUAUUUAAUUUCUCAAAGUGGUAGAUUUAAAGUAAAUUUUAUCUCCUUUUACUGGUUUAAUCUUUAGCUUUAAUUUUAAUCGACAGACCCGAUGACCACUUCCUCAACUGGAUAAAUCUUGAAUGUGCUUCUUUACAGUGUGCUCAUAUUUAACUUGUUCAUGAGCUACAUCACACAAUGAUUAUGCUGAGUUGAGAGUGUAUCAAAAGAAAGUGACGGGCUGUGGCGGUGACGUAGUGCCGAGGGGGUGUGUCGGAACCGACCAAUAGCAGAAGGAGGCUUGCCUGUGGCCUGUGACUGACGGCGGUGGAGCAGGUCAGAUGUGCCGCUGCGGCCGACACUAGCUGCUCACACAGACCCAGUCCCAGUCGGUGGUGGUGUGUGCGCGGUGCUACACUUGUCACUCACUACAGUACAGAUGGCUGUCGCUGCUGCUGCUGCUGCUGUUGCUGCUGCUCUGCUGCUACUGCUGGCCGCCGAUGGUACCGUCGCUGAACGCCUGCCACCCACAUGUCCUAGUGACAUCUACUGCACGGGUCCACUGCUCCACGUCGUACAGAUGGCUUCAAUAUACCACGAUUCCAAGACUUUUGUGGACAUGAAAAUGAAAUAUUCAUCAAAUGAAACAUUAAGGAUAUUUGAAGACCUGAUGAAGAGAACAGAACAAAAGCCAUCUAGACUCGAAGUUGAGCUUUUUGUCAAUGAAACAUUUGAACCAGCGGGGAGUGAGUUUGAAUCGUGGACUCCCGACGAUUGGAUUCAGCAACCUAGGUUCCUGGAAAACAUUGCUGAUCCUGAUCUCAGACAGUGGGGGAGCAAGUUAAACUUACUGUGGAAUAGUUUAGGUCGUAAAAUGAAGGAAGACGUUAGAAUUAAUCACGAUCGUUACUCGAUAAUUUAUGUUCCUCAUCCAGUAAUAGUACCUGGAGGCCGUUUUAGAGAAUUUUAUUAUUGGGACUCUUAUUGGAUCAUAAAGGGACUAAUACUUUCAGAAAUGUUCCAGACUGUGAAAGGAAUGUUAACAAAUUUCCUAUCCAUUGUGGACAUGUACGGUUUCAUUCCAAAUGGAGGCAGAAUCUACUAUGCCAUGAGAUCACAACCUCCUCUACUGAUUCCUAUGAUGAAGAGCUAUGUGGAUGCAACACAUGAUGUUGACUUUAUUAAAUCCAACAUCCAUAUUCUAGAGAAAGAGUUCCAGUUUUGGUUGACCAACCACACAGUGGAGGUUGAAAAGGAUGGCAAGGUGUACACUCUGGCUAGGUACAAAGAUGCCUCUCAGGGUCCAAGACCUGAGUCAUACAGAGAGGAUAUAUUGAGUGCUACAUUCUUCAAAACAGAUGAAGAGAAAGAGAGCUAUUACAGAGAACUCAAGACUGCAGCAGAGUCUGGAUGGGACUUCUCCACUAGAUGGUUUAUUCUUAAUGGAACAAACAGAGGAAACCUAACAAAUCUGAAGACUUCACACAUUAUUCCAGUGGAUCUAAAUGCCAUUAUGUAUUGGAACGCCCAAAUAAUGUACGAAUUCUACAGAGAACUAGGAAAUGGAGAGAAGGCUGUAAAGUUUCAGACAUUAGCCAGUAAUUGGUUAGAAGCUGUGACACAAGUGCUAUGGCACGAAGAGGUGGGGGUUUGGCUGGACUAUGACAUGUUAAACAACAUAAAACGAGACUAUUUCUAUCCAACAAAUAUUGCACCGUUAUGGACCAUGUGUUACCAUCGAGAAAAUACAAGUCACUAUGUGGCAAAAGUGAUGAAGUAUCUGGAGAAGUCACAGGUCAUGGUGCAUCAGGGAGGAAUUCCUACAACAUUAGAACACUCAGGAGAACAAUGGGACUAUCCAAACGCCUGGCCGCCGCUGCAGUACAUCAUGAUCAUGGGGCUGGAGCAGACAGGUGACUCCUGGGCACAAGACCUGGCCUUUGAGAUUACAGAAAAAUGGGUGCGCUCCAACUUCAAGGCAUUCAAUGAGACUGGUGCCAUGUUUGAGAAGUAUGAUGCUAUAGUGCCGGGUGGACAUGGCGGUGGUGGAGAGUAUGAGGUGCAGGCUGGUUUUGGUUGGACUAAUGGAGUGAUUAUGGAAUUACUGGAUCGGUACGGCAAACAGCUGACAACGGAGGAGCGGCUCGCAUCGCUCAUGAGUGCAAGCAGCCUGGAGGCCUCAGACAGUAGUUCAGGAGUGGUAGCAGGCAUGCUGACGGUCCUGCUAGCUCUUGCUGCCACUAUUGCUGCAGGGUGCAUAGGGGAAUCUAUGAACACAUACACUGUCAGUGCACGCUAUUAUCACCAUUAUCAAUGCGAUGUGAUGUUGCUUGUUGUUCACUACUACUGCCUACGUUCAAGAGUUCUCAGUUUCAAUUCUAGGACCUAUCAUUCUGAGGAUGAUUGUCUACAAGAAACGGCUCCAGUAUUCUCCUGGAGAUAGACGCAAGCUCUGCCCUAAACUGUGUGGUGGCUACACAGAGCUCAAUACGUUUGACUGAUCACUCAGCCGCAUGUGCCUUGUGUUCCUUACAAAACUCUACACAUCAGAAAUCAGUAUUUUGAUCUGAUUAUUCUAUCUUUUGUCUAGUCAAUAUCUCUAUGUUCCUUGUAUAGUUUUUCGACAAUGACGUGUCAAAAUUUGUAUUUAGGCUGCAGAUGAUCUACUUAUAUUUUAGCUAACACACAAUGAUCUCUUUAUGUAAUUAGACUUGCCACUAAGUAGUGAGUACAUUUUUACUUUCAACCUUUCCUUCCAAAUAAAUCCAAGAUUUGAACAGAUGUUGCACCAUUACCCAUUAAUACAAAAUUUUAGUGGGUUCAAUAACUGAAAAUUACUUGUAAAUAUUUCUGUAUAUAUACAAGUAAUACUCAAAAUAAAAUAAAAUGUGUUUAUGCCAAUUAUAGGAAAAUAUAAAUAAUUAUAAUAUGAAAAAAAUAUUAUAUUUUUAGAAAUAUUUAUUUACAGCCUAUAGUUGUUCUAGUAACACAACAUAACAUAUAGUUUUUUCUGGAUGGAAUAACAUAACAAUGAGACUAUAUUUUGAAAUUCUAUUAAAUUAACUACUUUUUAGCUACUCAGUAUCUCUCUGUUAUUAUCAAAGUUAUCAAAUAAUUUAAACUGUUAGCUUUUAAAUGUGUUUUGGGGUGUUUAUUUUUCUUUAUACAUCUCAUCUGUUGAUUUUUUAUCAACCAAUAAACAUUUUAUCAUUUCCAUGAUUAGUUAAUAUGAUUUCAUAGUCCUAUCAUUGUUUACUCUUUUAACUAAACAUUUGUAAACUACUUUGAGCCAGUUAACUCAUUAGAAUAAAAUUAAGAUAUUUGUUUAAAUGCUUGUUAUUGUAGUUUAUUUAUUUUAGUCUUAAGAACUGCCGUAAACUUGCUUAGUAGUUGUAUUGUGAAACCUUUGACUGAAUAAGUUUUGCCAAGUAUAGCUCAGUAAUGACAAAUUACAAAUCACAAUCACAAUGAAAUAAACAUUCUUUAUUAAUGCAGUUCAGUAAUAAAGAGUUAAGUGCAGUGCAUUAGGAAUACAACUUAGACCACCAUUAAUAAAAUUGUAGUGAAAUAUUGGUGCAUAUCUUGGCAAUGAAAUAGAAACUGAGCAGAUAUUACAGAUAUCUUGAAGGAGUUGCUUAAGAAAUAUUGCCAUGCCUAAACAAAUACAUAUAUUUUGUGUCUUAGUAGAAAAUGCCUCAACUACUAAAAAUGUUUCAACUGCACAUUGAGGAUUAGUUUCAGCCCUAUAAAUGCAAUAUUUAGGCUAUAUGAUAACUUAAAAUAAUAAGUAUAAAAGAAAAAAAUAUUUUUAGUUUUUGUUUAUGUGUAAAACUACUACCUCUUUUAAAUGUUGAUAAAUGAUAUUUAGUAAAUCACAUUUAAUGUUAAGGGUUGUCAACUAUAGCUUUUUGAAUGUGCCUCUAAAUAUAAUAGUGAAAUAAUAGCGAUUGCAAUGGAAUAAACCAAUAACGAACUUGAUUUUGUUAUUUUAUCUUUAAUUAACCAAUAAAAGAGUCCAUUAUAGUAACUUCAUUCCCUAGUCUUCUCCUAUGUUCUUCAUUUAUUUUGUUAAUGAAAAGCUAUUAAUUAAAAUCAUUUUACUUAAAUAAAUUUUACUUGCCAUUUUAGGUGCUUUCCAUCUGUUAUUAGACAUAAAUUAUUUGUGCUUUUAUCGGUCACUUUAUUAUUUCUUUUAAUUUGUACUCUCAGAUGACCCAUUUCAUACACUUCCUAAUAUGUGUUAAAUCCACUACUUACUUCCAUAAAGACUUUUUUACCAUAGUACAUGUAUAAAACUUGUUUUUUAUACAUCAAUUUGUUCUCUAAAACAACUGUUUUAGUACCCCCUUCAUAGUGUAUUAUGGUGUCAAUAUACACAGUUGGCUGGGGCACAAUAAUUAAUAUGUUUUUUGGUGCGCCAAUCUCAACUUGGUUUUGUUUCAAUAAACAGCAACAAUAAAAGGGGAAAUAUGGAAAUUCUUGGACAUUAUUUCAUUUAAAAUAUGAAUAACUUUCUUGUAUGAUAAAAAAAAAACAUUUUUUAUCACUCAAACUAUGUCCUUUGGUGCUUAAUCAUAUUUAUAAGCUUGGAUAUUGCACACUGAAAUAACUCACUAAAGUUCCUAGUGAUGUAAACUGCUAUUUAGUGUUUUCCUAGAUCUGUUUUCUUCAAAUUGUACUCUGAUAUUUAAAUUGUUUUUCACAAUCUGUUUUACUAAAUGCAUUUACUCCCUAUCUAUGUUUAGCAUUAAUAUGGGUGCACAAUUAAAAUAAACUACAAUGAACUAAGAAUCGGAAUCAAACAUCUCUAUUUUAUAUACAUACAAAAAUAUUAUGAAGAUUAAAGUUUAAAACAACAGUCUAAUGUACAAUUCAAAUGACACCAAGUACAUUAAUUGUAACAUAACAGUGACAAUUGUCUCUUAUGUAGUCAAAGAAAACUCACUAAAACAUUCCCCCCUGUAUAGCAAUCCAAUGGAUUUUUGUCGUUAUUAUUAGUAUUAUUCUUUUAUGACCUACAGAGAGAUUUAUUGUAGAAUUGUAUACACAAAUUAAUCAUAUUUUAUUCAUAACAUUUUUUUUAAAUUUGAACAUGAAAACUCUUCCAAUGAUUAGUCAGCUCCAAGCAAGAGAUUUUUAUGAAUAUUGUGUCAAAUGGUAAGUUAUUUAAAAAUUCAAACCCGUGUGGAUUGUUUAUUAUAAAAGCUCAAAUUGUGUUGGGCUAAAUUUAAUUCUUUACAAUAAUUAGUAUUAUAGGAACAGACAUUGCUCCAAAGAUUUAUGUAUUAAAGUUGUGUUUUUUACACAAACUAUACACUCUAGGAUAUAUUGGUCAUAGACUGUCAAAAUACCCAACUUUAGAAAGUGCUCCUUCACUGAUUAGAGCCUAUUCAAAUUCAAUAAAAUUCUUAUUGCCUUCUUUUGAAAUAAUAAGAUUUUAUCAAGUUUCCUUUUUGAUGUCCCCCCAUAAGUUACCAAACCGUAAGUUAGGUAUGAAUUCACAUGGGAAAAAUAGAUGGAUUUUAGCACAAAAGCACCAUCCACCUUAAGUGUAUAAACCUGAAAAAAUUAGUUUCUAUUUCCUGCAUGCAAGUCCCAACUAAAAUUAUUAUCAAUUUCCAGUCCUAAAAAUGUUGUAUUAUUGAUUUUUAGAAUUUUGUUUUGUUCAGUACAAAUUGUAAUUUCUGGUGCUUUUCUACUUUGCCUUGUAGAAAAGUUUUUACCAUUUGAAAGCAAGCUGUUACUAAAAAAAUAUUGAUGGACCUUUUAAUUCUUCAUUACAUGUUACCUUCAAAUCAUGACAAGUUUUAGCUGAAAUAACUAAGUUUGAGUCAUCUGCAUAUAAGACUAAUUGACUUUUAUUGGUAUUUAUUUAUACUUUUUAAUAUUUAUGGCAUUCCUUGAAUGUAGCAUAAAAACAACAAGAGCCCAAGUAUUGAGCUUUGAGAUUCACCAUAUUAAACUGUUAAAUAUUUUUAUUUGUAUAUAAUUACUUGAAUUCCAUGUGAGGAUCUAAUUUCAACGAAUUGAGUUCUGUUUGAUAGAUAAGACUUAAACCAAUUUAAAGAAUGUUUUGAGAACAUUUUAGUUUGUUUAGAAGUAUUUCAUGUGAUAAACUAUCAAAUACUUUAGACAGAUUCAUAAAAAUGCCUAAUACUUUAUCACCUUUAUCAAUUGAGUUCCAAAAGAAAUUGGAAUCCAAAAAUGCGGUAGUUGAAAAUUUAGUUUUUCUACAACUAUAUUAUUGAUUACCAAAUAAAUAAUUUUUUCUAAAUGCUCCACCAAUCGAUUAAAAAUUACUCUCACAUAGAUUUUUGAGAUAACUGGUAACAUUGAUACAGAACGGUAGUUGCCAAUUUCUAAUUUAUCCCUUUUUUUUUUAAAUUGGAAGUAUUUAAGAGAUUUUUAAACUUUGAGGAAAAUGUCCAAUUAUAAGAGAGCUAAUAAUUAAUAUCAUUUCAUUUUCUGUCACCAGUAGGUAUCUAAAAGGUGUUAUUUUUUAUUUGAUUCAUUUAUACCAUGGUGCAUUAACUGGAUACGUUUAGGUGCUUAUUGAACAAUAUCUUCUAUUAAAUUAACAAAAUAGUAAUGGAAUUGAAUAGAAAUUUGUUUUAGAUCAGUAAUAGUAAUAUUAUUAUUGUUGUUGUUGUUAUUUAACGCAUGAGUAGAACCCUUUAGUACCAUUAGAAUUUUUGCCCACUUCCCUAUUAUUUCACAUGGUUUUUGCGUAUAUUAUCAGACUUUUUUAUUUUAUCAUUAUAAUACGCUUUCUUAACUGUGGUUAGUUUAUUUUUAUAAUGUUUAUUCCAUAUCUUGCAAUAAUCCCACAAUUCCAUCAUUACCAUUACAUUUAGCUAGUUUCGUUAAAUUUAAAAUGUAAUUUUCUUCUGCUAUCAAGUCUUUAUUAAUCCAGUUAUAUUCAUUCCUCUUCAGGUAUUUUUUUUUUUUGCCUUUUUCAUAGGAAAAAUAAAUUAAAGGCGUACUGGAAAGUGAUAUUAAACACAUUGUACUUAUCCUCCCUAUUAUAAAAAUAUAUGUUUAACCAAUUCUCCUUUUUUAGUAGACUGUGGCAAAAAUUCAUUUUCUUUUCAGAAAAAUCUACACUCUGUAUACUUAUGGUUUAUGUUAUGUGAUUGGUUUUUGUGUAACUUUAUUUCUAAAAUUUGACUAUCUUGGUCAGAAAGGGCCUUAAUUAUAUCAGUGACUUUAUUAUUGAUUUGUCUAUAUUUAAACCCAGUAAUAGUAGUUACUUUCAAUAGCUGUUAAGUAGUUUUUUCUAUCUUUUACCUACGUUACUCUGGUUUUAUUUGCUUGUAAAGUGUUUAUAGAAUUGUAAUUGUGUUGUAUAAAGUAGUUAAGGGUGUCAAUAAAAUUAUAUUUCUUAUACACAUCUUUUAUUGUGGCCUCUAGUAUAACAAUAUAAUGUUUUUAGUUAUGGUUAUAGAUGUGCUCGAGUCCAGACUAAACACAUUUUUACCAAUCUAGCUUAAAGAUAGUUCUCAGUUAUGUUUGGUGAAAUUCUGGAAAGAUGGUCAUGUUGUAUCCAAAUAGUUACAAAAAACUACUUUGUAAACAGAUUACAAUAGAUUAAAAACAUCUCUAUGCCAAUAUUAAAAACACUAAAAAUUAGAAAAAUCCAGCAAUUCUGGAUUGUGGAUUAUGAAUGAAUGCCAGCCUUCGACAAAAGUUAUGAAAGUGUAAAUAGCAUGUGCACCACACUCAACUCAUAGAGACAUCACAUCUUGUGUGGAAGACUGCCAUUUAUUAUAAACUGAAAAAUUAUUAAGAAACUUAAAUAUUUAUUACAUUGUAAGAGAAUAUCUAGAUGAUAUAUUUUUGAUUAUAACUAAGCUAGUGAUACUAGUUUUUUCUCAUGUUAGUUUUGAUUAUAGUAUUAGUAUUUAUACUUUAACAAUGCAACAGUUUAUUUUACAUUGUUUGUAAAUCUGUCAAACCUUAAUGGAAUAAAGAUAUUUUAUCUUAUCUUUAUAAACUUAUAGUCCACAAUAGCUGGAUAAUUUUUUUUACAUUGGCGCAAGAACAUUUCUUAGCCAAAUUGGAUAUUUUAUUUUAAAUAAGAUGUUACAGUUUUAAUAACAACAUAACUUAAAAAAAGCAAUUAAAUUGGUAAAAGUACAAAAUAUUUUUCAGUUAGUUUAUUGUGUGAAAAACUAAGUAUCAGAAAGUAUAAAACCUAAAAUAGUAUAUUUAUAAAUCAUAAAUUUGUUUCCUUUGUGGUCACCAUAAAGAUAUUUUUUAAAGUUUUAACCUAUUAUCUCAAAUGAAGGGGCCAUCAUGUGCCUGAUAAUUGAUGUAAGGUAUGUUGUGGCUGUAGUUGAGUAUAAAUUAAUGUGAUUUAUAAAUAAAGUUUAAAAAAUAACUUUUGUAAAAAGGCAAUAGUAAGUUUUUUAAACCUGUAUUAAACAUUUAUUUAUAAUUAAACAUACUUGUAUCAUAAAUUUAACACAGCACAAGGUAUAUACUAACAGCCUCUGAAUUGUUUUUAUAAAUAUUGACCCUUUAAAAUGUAAUAGUGAUAAAAGAUCUAUAAAUUUACGUUUAUUUUGAGAACUUAGCACACAAUCAGGGUUGAAAGAGGUUGAUAGUUUUUAUACAUAUUGGGUAGUGUGUGUACAUAAUAUCAUGCCUUUAUUUAUAAAAGAUCAUAAUGUUUUCUUUGUGUACUUAAACAUUAACAUAUUGUAAUUUUUUUCCAGAGACUUGAAUUAAAAAUGUGAUGUAGUUACUUUACAUACUUCUGUAUAAGUUACUUAUUGUUUACAAGAUGUAUUUUAAAGAAGUGAAGUCACCCAGAAAGAUCAAUCAUUGAACACUAUCGUGUCUUUAGGUGUUAAUGUACAUUCUGUAUUCUCUUGCCUAAUUUAAUUUAGAUAAUUACUACAUAUUUAGCGUAAUUUACAUGAUACUUGUGUGUAAUCUUUAGGGGGUUUUUAAUACUUAAACUGCUAUUUUACCCUCCUUUUACAAAAAUCUUAAUCUUAAAUCUCUCACAUUUUUCUUUGUUUUUGUACCUUUAAAUAAUUGAAAUAUAUUAUCUGUGUGAAUCUAUGUACUAUUUAUUUGUAGUAUAACUCAUAAGAUAUUCUGUUAUAAAAUAGUUAUACAUAACUUUCAUAACCAAGAAUUGGACAUUUUGAAAUUAAACAUUUGAUUUAUUUAGUCAAAUUGCUCUCUCACUCUUUCCUUUAAUUGUACAUUGAUGAACAUUAGGUAGUAAUCUUAUAUUUUUUAAAUGAAGGGUAAAAGUUAUAAAUAAAGCAAUAGUUUAACAGAUUAUUUAUAAUAGAUUUUUUUUCUUUAGAAAAUAUGGAUUUUAUAAUACGAAAAUAUAAACCAAUUUUAAAAAGUAGUUGUUUGGUUCAUAAUUUAUUAAAUGUAUUCUUAUAUCAAAUUAUGUACCUUAUUAAUAAAAACUAUGACAAAAGUUAACUAAUAAUUUACUACCCAGUUGUGAAGCAUUAUAUACAAGCACACACGUGGGUCAAUGAAGAAGGAAGCUGAGUUAAAGUUUAUUCAACUCCCACAUUAAAGUUUACCAUUCAUUUUGUAUACUUUCCAUUUACCAAUUUAAAUGGGGUAAUUUUGUUACUUACAAGUACCCAAAUUAUUAUGUAAUUUACACAUUUACAUUACACAACUCACAUAAUGUUUGCUUUCUUUCAACAUCAGAAAAUUGUCAGCUGGUAUAAAUUAGUUGAUAAGCUCACUUUUAUAAUUAGAAAGGUAAUCAAGUCAUUAUUAAUCGGAGUUUCCUUUUCGAGUCUAUUGACUACAAUUCAAAACUCAAAAUCCUACUAUCCUCAUCAUUUCUUGUAAUAUCAAUCAUUUUUUUCCCCACUGAAAAAUAUCACAUCGUAAAACUAAGUUAUGUAACACAACAAUUACUUGCAAACCAAACAUUACUUGGAAUGGUGAUUCAAUUAUUUUAUUAAUGUUGAUAUUUUUUCAAUAAAAGAAUGAGUAAAUAUGAUAUUUACUUAGAAAAUGGAUUCUAAAACUGUCUCUUUACUAUGAUGGAUUGUACUAAACACUGACACGGAGAAUCAUAACACCAUAAAUGAUGGUUCUGUUUGUGUAAUUUCUUAUAUUGACAUCUUUUAAGUCAGUUAGGAUUUGUAUAUGUAUGCUACCAGAUGGCUUAGAUAUUGUUGUCAAUGACAAGCGUGGUGAUUUUUGUGCUCUGUAGAAGUGCUUCAGAUGUAGUUUGAAAUCACUGUAAAGUUACUUAGAUCAAUUAAAUACUGUGACAUUUCUCAACUCCACUAGAAAAAGUAUAAUGACAAUUUUAGUUUGCUUAACACUUGCAGCUAGUUAAUAAAUGACAAAUUAGAUUGAUUAACCAACUGCAACAAUGUGACUGCCAAAAAAAUAAUGGAACGACUGAUCUACCUUCUGUUUUUUUGCUCUAUGGAACUACCCCUGAACAACCAAUUCCUCACUAUUUUUUAUAUUGGUAAGAAAGAUACCAAUACAAAAAUGUAAAAUUUUAAUGUAAAUGUGUGUGUCAUUUAAAUGUAGAUUGUUUACAUUUGAAUGAUUUCUGAAUUUAAAAAUUAAAUGUGACCAAAAGGAGAAGAAAUUAUUACAUAUAUGAGAUAUAAAUAAAAGUGUCUGGAACUCGUCAAUUACAACUCAUAAAAAUAUGUAGAGUGAUUUUACCUCAUCUUUCUUCAAAUUAGAAUGCCCCUCCUGGGUGAACAUACUGGUGUUCAUACAACUGCUCAAACAAUUCUGUAAUUCAUUUUUGGAAAGCUGAUGGAGUGCUGUUAUGCAACAUAAACCAAUAGUUUGUAACCCAUAUUUAUAUUUUUCUUCUUAUGGCAUUUUGCAUUUGUUUGAAAAUCUUCAUAUAUAGUUCUUUAUUAACAGUUCGACCUUCGGGAAUAAACUCGUAGUGAAUGCGUUCAUAAUCAAACACCACCUCUAAACAUCACUUUGCCCCGGCUUUUGUCCAAGCGGAAUCUUUCCUACCUUGGUUCAAUUUUUCCCUUCAUUCAGAUGACUGAUGGGUUUUAUCUGAGGGUUGUACAGAAAGCACCAUGUCUCAUCAAUUAUUAGAAUGUCUUUAAGAAACUGUCAUCCUUUUCAAUCAAAAACCUGGACCAUGUUCAUUUUCGUUACUUUUGGUUCAGUUAAUAAUAUUUUUGGGACUAUAUGCAAACACAAUGCAUGUUAAAAUCCUCGUGAAGAACACUAUCAUGUGAAGUCCCAAGUUCACAAGUAAUAGCAUCUAUUGUUAUUGGACUGUCAUUGUGCUCAAUUUCUCAAACUUAAUCAAUUUUCUCAUUUGUGGUGAAAGUGGAGGGACACACAAUCCAAACAUCAUCUUCAAUGUUUACAUUACCCUCAUGAAAACCCUUAUACCACCCAUACAUUCUGCUUUAUUGGUUAACUCUAGGGUCUUUGAUUAAGAUUUUUCAAACAAAGCGUAAAAUUUGCUGUCGCUCUAUAAAUAAAAUUUCAAAAUCCAACGAAUAAACACAGCGUUUUAAUAGAAACUACUAACAGUUUAUAACGAGAGAAUAGAAAGAAUGCUAAACCUGGCUCAUGUUAUCACCAGUAGUGCCACCAGCCAUGGGUGGAGAAAUCAUUUUUGGCAAACCCUUGCUUAAAUAUAGAAAACUCAUUCCAGGAAUUUUUUUUACUCUACAUCGUUGUAUAUCUUAAAUAUAUAUUAUUUUUCCAUUAUUUAAAUUAAAUAUAUUCUAAAGACUAACCCCAGUUUUACUUUUAUACUACAGUGCUCUGCUCUAACUAUAAAAUGCCAAUAAAUAAUUUCAAUAAUAAAUAUAAUUAAUAUUUAUUUUUAGUUAUUUAUUUUACUAAGAAACAUUCAUAUAAUUUUCCUAUUUGUUUCCAACGUUUUUAAUUUAAUGCCUUACAUAACAAUAUUUUAACACUUUGCGGCCAAAUGGCCUGCAGUUCCAACCACCCCCAUUCUUUUACUAUCUUGGAGGGUUUUGGAUUGUUUUUUUGGCAUUGAAUUCAUAGCACUAAUGGAUAUCACAGUUUCUGUGUCAGCUCAGACAUAUUUAGUAAUUUGCUUUUCCCCCUGAGGUAGAAUGUCCAUCACAGCUGGCCAUUCAAGAAUGUUCGUAUUAUAUUCUAUGUGGUUGCUACAGAAAUACUAGAAAGAAACCGAGCAUCGAACCUGGGAGGACAUACUGGUAACGGUAAGUGCAAUAACUAACGAUCUGACACAGAAAUUGUGGUAGCCAGUGUGUAACUUGACAGGACAGCACUGAAGACUGUUCUUAGGGUAAAGGGUUAAUGUAAUGUAUUUCAAGUCAUAAUAUUUUUAUUGUUAUUACAAAAUAUGCAGUUGGCUUAUUUAUUUAUUUUGUAUCAAAACAUAAAUACAGUUCAUAGCACAACAUAGCAAACUUAUGCUGUUCCAAGUGCUUGACUUAUGCCCAUACUAGUGUAACUUGAAUUUAUUUACCAGUCAUAUAUCUCAUAUUGACAUAGAAGUUGCAUCGUAUGAAAUUUCAAUAAUACAGUACUUAAAAUAUUGUUAUUAAUUAUGCAUUACUCUAUAUAUCCAACUAAAACUGUAGGAGAUUCGAUUUAGGGGAGAAAUUUUUAUGGGUCUUCCCGAGACAUCCAAGAAGUCUCUUUAUUGAUAUAUUUUUAAAACUGCAAUAAAAAUGACAAGAUUCAAUUGCUUCAUAAAUCUGAUUUACUUUGUCAUUUUAAUUCUUGAAACAAAAUUGUGUGUACAAGAAGUUUAUACUCAUGAACAUGAAUUCCUGCGUACAACAAAGUACACAGGAUAGUGAAUCCUGAUGUAUUUAAAAUCAGCUUAUUAAGUGCUUUAGUUCGUUUAAGAAUCGUACAUUUUUUGCAGGAAUCAACCACUUCUUGUUCGAGGCUCAAAUUACAAAAACAAUUUCUGCUGUUUCACUCUUGAUUUCACCUGUACAGGUUUGAAUUACCUAUUGAUGAUAAUAAAAACAAACAAUAGUGUUAACGUUGAUCUGCAUCAACCAUUGGUAAAAAGUUUUUGUGUUAGUUUGAUCAAGAGCUUCCCAUUUGAGGCUUGUUUUAUUCAUCAUAUACAAAUAUGGUAUGGACUUUUAAAAGAUUUUUAAAACUCACAUUUUUUGAGUUACAGCAGAUUUGUGGUGUCAGGCACUGACAUAGAGAACUCGCUCUCUCCUGGACCGAAUUAAUACCAGAGGAGAACAAUUAUUCGCAUUUUAAUAAUUUACUUUUUUUAACUUUUACUUUGUUUUAUUAAUUUUGAUUUUAAAAUGAUUUUUUUUUUAUUUCUUUAUUGCAAAUUCGUUAAGAAUUACAAUGGUGUCAUAAAUACAUAAAAGUACAUGUUAUUUUUCAGUAUUUUCAUAGAAUUCUUUUAGUGAGUAGACCGGUCUUUUGAUCAGCCACUUCUUCAGCUCCUGGUGCAGCUUAUUGCCAGUCAGGUCUCUCAGGCCGUCCGGUAGGUGGUUCCUCAGUUUACAGCCUGCAUAAGAAGGUUUUUUUCUCCCAGAGAGUAGUUCGAUGUACUGGAAGGACCAGCUUGGAGCCAUGACGAGUGUUAUAGUAGUGUAGAUCAUGGUUUCUUAUAGGGUUUAUUUCAUCUACAUGCUUUAUGGUUUCAAGUAUGUAGAGAGCCACCACCACUGUGAGGAUUCCUAGGUUGGUGAAAGCUGGUCUGUAGAGGGUCAAGAUUAGCAAGAAUCCUUAUAGUUUUUUUCUGAAGAACAAAGAUUCGGUUCAUGUUGUGUGCUGAAGUUCCUCCCCACGCUGUCAAGCCAUUAUGUUGUCUCAUAACACCAUAUAACAGUAAAAAACCUUGUGGUAGAUGACAUGUCAAUUUGAUAAAAAUGCUUAUACUAAAUUAAAAUAUAAAUAAGAUAUCAAAUACAAUUCAUAAGAUUAAAACUAUAAUAAUACAAUUUAUACAAAAACAUUGAACACUAAACAUUAAAUAGAUUAAUAGUAUUAAUCAAAAGUAAGCAUCAAAAUAUGAUAUUAAAUAUUAUAAUGAUUAAAAAGUUAAAAUUCAUUUACACUAUAAAAAUACUUUUCUAGUAAUUAGCCCUUUACUUUUAUCUUAAAAAGUUCUAAAUAAUUCUCUGAUCAGACAUAAUUAGGCAAGUUAUUAUGCAGAUGUAUUUCUUCUGCCUAUUCAGAUAGUUUUUCAAAGGCACAUAUUUUGUGUAAUGAAUAAAUAAAAGAGUGCUUUUGUGGCUGGUGAUAAUGUUGGAAAAGAAAUUUAAAAUUUGCCAGUUUUUAAUCAAUAAUCUGAUAAAUAUAAAUUGGUGGAAGAGUUAGCAGCUUUAAAAAUCUAAAACUGUCCUUGCAAGAUGCCUGAUAGGUACUCAGUAUGGUUAAUUUUUUAGAUUAUCUUUUUUGAAUUAUGAUGAAUGAAUUAUUUACUUCUACUAAACCACCCAAGAAUUCAAUGCCAUAUGUACGGUAGGAAUAUAUUAUUAAAAGUGUUUUUUCUAUCCACUCUCAAAGACAAAAAAUAUAUAUCUGAUAAUAUAACUUUCUAAGCUUAUUCAAUAAAGAAUGAACAUCCUGUCUCCAAGUGAGACUUCCAUCUAUGUAAACCCCUAAGAAAGUUGUAAUUUGCAUUAUAUUAAAUUUUGCUACAAGGAUAGUAUGUAAGCUCAAGGAUUUUGAUAUAUUGUUUUAAAGCUUAUUAUUAAAUUCUUUAUGAUGUGGUGAUUUUAGUUUUACAAAUUUGAAGUAAAUUAAAUAAUAAUUUCCAUUUUAUUAUAAAAAUUAAAUUUUGUAUAGUAUGUAUGGAUAUUAUGAUUGUAUGCUAAUUAUAGUUUAUGGCCUACUUGACAUAAAAUUUGGACUGACAUUUAUUCCACAGAAAAUAGUUGGUUCUGUAGAACAAAUUUCACACUGUCAAUGGAGUGAUAUUUAACGUUUUUUACUCCUAGGUAAGAACACAAUGCAGAAAAACAUUCAGGGAAGAGGAACAUUACUGCAAAUCAAUUAUUUUAUGAGAAAAUUUUUCUAAAUUCUACCAUAUAAUGCCAGCGCAAAGCAGAGAGUGGUGACGAAGCAGAGCAAGGCAAUUGGACUUUAGCACCAUGGUUCCCCAAUAACUUGCUGAUUCAAGGCAAUUGGCUGAGUUAAAACACCAUGAGUGCUACUUUAGCUUGGAAAUUCCACUGUUGUUUGGCAUUUUGUACUUGAUUCUAAUACCAAUUCUAAUAACAUAUUAAUAUUUAAUACACAGCCACAUUGUGUUAGCCGCUUUAUAAUUCACAUGAGUAUAAAUAUUAAAUGAACACAAUAACAGUAUUGUGUAAAUUUUGUAUUUAUCAUUUAAGUGUUGCCACAUAACCAGUUCUUUAUCAAAAUAGAUCAUUUUAAUCCACAUGACUUCUAUCAUGGUUCAACAUUUUGUACUUAAUUUCAAUACUGAUUUUAUUUUAAAAUUAGUAUCAGUAACUAUAAUUACGAGGGCACAACAAUUAACUGCUGGCUAGGCAUCUGAGGCUCCACUUUUAGUAUAGAGCUAAAUUCGAAACUGUGUUAUAAAGUAAAAUUUGUCUCAAAUUCAUAAAUGUUGCACUAUAGAAACGUACAUUGUAGCUUCUCAGUGUUGAUGAAUUAUAAAACAUGUAAUUAUCUGUUCAUACUAAUUGCUUAUAAUUUAUAUUCAAUAUAGAAUUUAUUAUGGGGAAAACUGUACUCAGUAAAAAUUAUAAAACAAUGAGUAUUAACAAAUUUGUAUUUUUAACAAUAAAUUACCUACACUAAACUCUAAGUUUCCAUAGCAAAAACAUUAUGGAUUUGAAGCGAGUUUCUAUUUAAAACACAAUUUUAAACUUUAAAAAUAUAUUGUUAUGAUAUUAAAAGCAAAGCCUCAGAUUUGCAGCCAGCCACUAACUUUAACAGUUAUAUCUGCAAAAUAAUUUCAAUUAGGUUUGGACUAGAGCAGUCAUUGAAACCAGAACCAGAUUGUGUUCACAUAAUAGUUAUAAAAAAGUUUAUUUUGACUUUACCAUGCAUUGCAUGACACUAGAUUGACAUAUUUGCUUGUAUACCUUUUAUACGUGUAUAACAUGAAAAAGUUAUGAAAAGAUGAGAUAGUAUCAUGCAUUAUUAAUACUCAUAUUUAAGUAACUAUUCAGAAUAGUUUAAAUGUCAAUACUCAUGUGUAAUAUUAUUUAUUGGGUGCCUGUUUCUGUUUUAUAUUUCGAACUUACUCCACGUAAUUUUUGUCAUAGAUUUAAUAUUAUUGUAAAGCGCACUUUGCAUUCUCUCAUAGAAUAAUUUAGCAUUAAAGUUGUAUUGCUAUGUGUCAGUUUCUUAAAUUAUAUAUUUUUAUUAAGUUUAAUUAAGUUUUUUAGUCAUUAAUUAAUAUAACAAUGAAUAUUUCAGUGUUUUUAUGUAAAGAUGGGAAUCGUAAAAAAUGUAACCUAUACUCAAAAAACUGAAGAAUAAAGAUAUCAAAUAUGUAAUUUCUUAAUGAUAUAUUUUUCUUUUGGUCAUUGAUUUUCCAGUGUAUAUUAAUAUGAAGUAUUUUUCAAAAUAUAGUAUAGUUUUUUAAUAACUCUGA